AAUAAUUAGUCAACAACUAUUUUUUGGACUGUUUUAUAUAAACCGUCGUAAACUGCUGAUUAUUAAAAGAAAUUAAAUGUCCCAUUUUUGAAAGUCUCUAUCUUUAUUAAAAAGCUGCUGCAUGCUGAUCAUCAUUUUGAUAUCAAAAUGAGGAGAACUUGGCGCCUGGAGACGUCUUCUAUGCUCUUGAUUUGCCUUUAUGCUGUAGUUGUCAAUGCCGACUUCAGCCUCGAGGUCAUUUCAAAAAGCCAGUCGGAGAUCGAGAUCCAACUUACAAUGUUAAACUCUUCCGCUACCAUUCAGUCCAUUGACAGUAUCGAAUGUGCAAAAGAGAGCGAUGGAACUGCAUGUCCAAACAGCCCAAAUGUAGUAAUCUCCGGAAGCAACGCAAACCUGGCCUUCGAUUCUCUUGGCAUCGGCGAGUCCUACCGAGUUGCGGUGUCUUUCGUAGUUUAUGAGUUGAGCGGAAUAAAUCAAAACUUUUCUGGUGAAGUUGCUCUAUCAACCUGCACAGUGCCUACUACACCUACUGAUGACGUUGACUGGUACUCAUUGUCAAUAAUUGAUGGAACGAAUUUCGAGUUGCCUGAUUCUGCCAACAACUACGAGAUCACUUUGGUCCCAACAUUCUGCACUGGCAACAAAACGCUAGUGCACUAUGCGGGGUUUCCCCCCAUCAUUUACUAUGUACACACAGGAUGUGAAUACCGGAUACUUUACGCAAACAGAUGCGAGACGAGCAGUGGUGAAAUAACUCCUUCCCAAUACGUGGAAUUCAGCGAUACUUUUUGCACAGCCCCUGAGACUCCUGUGCCAGCUAGCUCACUGACCCUUGUCAACUUCACCGAGACCAUGAUUGAGAUCAGUGGGUUUGGAGUCUCUUCGGGUGAGUACGAGGUGAUCGAAGUCGAAUUCAUCACUGGAUCUGGAUGUCCAGGUGGUCCCAUUCUUCGCAACUUGCCCACGGGAGAAACAGACCUGAAGGCGGAGGAUUUGAUCCCAGGGUGUCUCUACACUUUGAAGUACUCGGCCGUGUGUCACGCUGAUCAAGGUUCGGCAGAAUCUGCCACCAGACAGGCAACGCUAGGAGAUACGCUGUGCACAGUUCCUCGGGAAAUCAAGUCGGAGUCUUUGACUGAUUCAGCAGCAGCAACUUCCGUUUCCUUUUUGGCCAAAACAGUUCAGGUAGAAGCUGUGGAGGGCAAUCUGUACCGGUUCAAGGUCAAAACAGUGACCCCUAAUGGGUCAUAUGACGUGGAUGCUCCUCAGCCUGACACGGGAACUCUGACUGUGUCACUUUUGUCGCCUGCAACCAAAUACGAAUUCGAACUUGAAAAUGAGAGCCAGUGCGCAGUUUCUUCUGCUGUGUCGACACGAAGAACUGUGUGCACUCUGCCGUCGAAACCGAAGGAGUCGUCUUUUCUUCUCAAUAUUGAUGCUACAAAUACAACUAUCAAUUUCACUGCUGCUGGACAAACUUUUGAAGCUGAAUCUGGUCCUCUAGAUUUCUUCCGAUUUGACGUGUUUAAUGAAGACGGAAACCAAUCCUUCCUCUUUGCAAAUGGAACUUUUUUAGUGCAUCUGCUGCCUGGGUCUAACUACGUUGAAAUGUCAACUGUCGUGAAUACGGUGGAAGGCUGUGGUGAUAUGGUAUCGGCUGAGACCCUGAGUUUCACAAUCUGCUCUCCACCGGAACAGAUCGACCUCUCCUCGGUCAAACUAACAGUAGGACACACUUGGUUCACGAUUGGCCCUCUGAAGAACGGAUCCGAAAUUCAAGCGGCCGCAGGGAGCAUUGCGAGUCUUGGAGUCAUGCAAAUAGGUUCAUCUUUUCACGUUUCCGAAACAGUGAAUGUAUCUGGGGUUUCGAUUAGUGAUGACCACCCGUUCACUAUGUAUGGUAUCAAUAAAUGUGGAGCUACAUCUGCCAAUCUUAAAAUUGACACGUGCACAGCGCCUGGUAAAGUCGAAAAUCUCACGGCUCUUGACCGUUCAAAAACGUCAGUGAAUCUCUCUUGGAAGAAUAGUAUCCUGAACGUUCGACCGCCGACCCAUAACAAGAUAAGUUGUAGCUCAACAAAUGCAAGAGGUUAUUCUGUAUCUGCGACCUUUUUCGCAAAUGAAACUGACGUGUUUGGAAACGGAACGAAUAUUUUCAAUUCGGCCAACUGGUUUGAUCUGCUGGGCGGAACUCCUUUUGAAUGUUCUGUUGCGUCCAUAUAUUUGCCUCUGAAAUGUUCUGCAGCGUAUGAAAAACUAGGAGAUGUAGUCGAGCAUAAGGAGGUGGUCGAAAAUGUGGCCACAGUAAACUUCAUCACAGAAGGGGUGUAUGUAUGGAUCACAGGGUCAAACUCGAGCUCCCUCAAUGUGAUCGUUGGACCAUGUCCCUGUCACGAUUACAGCUACUCAGCCAAAGGAGGCUCCCCUGUAUCCUUCCCAGCUGGAUCUAGCGAGAUAACUGGAUUGACACCUGGCACAGCUUAUUCGGUUACAGUCAAUGGAACCACAGACUACUCGUGUACAGAACCGGACAGUCCACGGUUGGCCCCAUCUGCCGUCUCUGUGACCUUCAACACCAUCUUCAUCAAAGCAAGUCAAAAUCCUGUGACUGUCAACUCCGGAGGAAUAACUCAUUACAAAUAUCAAAUCUGGGAUCAUCAAAAUUCGACAGGGACGAAUGGUUUGAACUUAACUGCGCGGAUUGAUUCCGAUUUAUUCAUCGGCCCCGAAGAAGUUGCACUACAGCCCGAAACGGCAUAUCAAUUCAUAUCUGUUUUCGCGGACACUGACUAUUGUCCCGCUGGCAAAGAGGGCGAUGACAAUCCGGUUUUGUUAUGCACGGCUCCACUGCCGCCUACGCUUAUCCCAGACAAAUUUGUAAAUGCCUCGGAAACAUCAGUGGUUUUUAACUUCGUGGACUUCGACGCAUCGGAAGGGAUCGCUGUCACGUGGGUAUACGACAGCAGCGGCGCAGAUGCUCCAUCUGCCUAUGCACCUGGCUACACUGACGGGACACGAGAAGUGACUGGACUGCCGAGCGGCGAAGUGUUGAAUAUUUCACUGCAGUCGCAGUAUUCGGACAAUGGAGUUUGUGAAAACACGGCACAAAGUGCCCGAACCUACUUCGCUGUCUGCACUCGACCAGUAAAGCCCACUCUGUCUCUGGCAGAUGUCAAUUCUACGUAUGUUUCGAUAAACCAUGUCCAACCGAAUUCACCGCACCACACAAUUGAGCUUCUUUUGGAUCCCCCGGACGGAGUGCUAGUAUCUCAUCUCAAUGGAUCUACAAUUUCUAACUUGACCCCAGGCACUGCGUAUGUUUUGACCGUUCGCGUGAACAUGAGUUCGGAUGUGUGUAGCGCGAUGCGAGCUGAGUCUAUGGCAAAUGAAGCGACAUUGAGUUUCUGCACAGUUUCAAAGCCUCCGGCUCCGAACUUUGAUGACCCCAACAUAAGAUACACUGCCAAAAACACUUCGAUCACCAUAAACGACGGAGGACUAGGCACUGUGGGGUCACCUUCAGGCAGUGUGGGUGUGAACAACUACCACUUUGUGGCCUCUGAUCCGUCGGGUGGAGUUGCUGAAGGAUGGGUGAAGGUGGGCGACCCUAUGACAGUGACAGGACUUUUACCUGGUAGGGUGUAUUCGGUCAAAGUGAUCGGCCAACUGAACUCUUCUUCUUGUGGAAAUGUGAAUGGAACAGAGGAAACUGUGAUCAGGGAUCUCUGUACAGUUCCGUCGCCUCCGAAUAUGGAUGAUAAUUAUGCACUGCAUGAUUACGACGGUACAACUCUUAGAAUAUAUCAACUCUAUAUACGAUCACCUGCAGGCGAGAGACGUGACAAUCUCAAAGUGGUGUCAGUGCACCCUGCCCCAAACACACCCUUCAAUCCAAUUACAUCUAGUGACAACUAUAUCUAUAUUCAGAAUUUGACAGCUUCAACCAGAUACACAGUGUCGGUAGUGUCUACCCUGGGUGGAAAUAGGAGUGAUGUUACUUCAUGCAAGACUGCAGUCUCUGAUCCACUGGAGAGCCAAGUGGUACAGGCUGUGGCAUGUACAAGACCCCCUCCAGCGAAUGUGACUUGGGAGAGUAAUGCGACGAGUAUAACAUUUACAUUGCAGACCCCUCCUCAUCAGUUCGACCAAUGGUUUCUGUGGAUCUAUGGCUGGUUUUACGAGGGUUCCACUUUCGCUUUUUUGAACUCAUCUCAGUCUACAUACACAUUCGAUGGACUCACUUACGGAGAGACUUUUGAGAUUCCUGUAGCAUUGUCUAUAGGCGUAGAUGGAUUUACAGAUUGUGGUCCAAUGGGAACAGCAGACAGUUAUUCUUACAGAUAUGCUUCAACUGGGUGCAACAGCCAACGCAAUGUAUCACAUCAAAUCGAGGCUAAAAGCUCUUGGACGAUAUCAUUGAACUACAUCAGCUGGCUUCACCACUCCUACGGCAAUUUCAUAAUCGUCUCUUCUAGUUCAUCGCUUACCAGUCCAAUAAUGAACGAACCGCUGUAUAAGUACAAUUAUUUGCCCAUUGAAAUUGAUGGCCUCUAUCCAGGAACUGAGUACUAUCUACACUUCACUCGGCUGAGUCAGUUUUGUACCGGCGGAGUGCAGCUGUUCAAUUACACGACUUCAGCUUGCACAAUUCCAGAUUACAUCAACAGUUCUUCAGUUCAAACUGGUUUCGAUUCUGGAGCCGUAUUCUUUUCUGGAAUCAGUGGUGUCCUGAACGGAUCCUUCUCCUCUAUGUACUAUUCUCUAACUAGUUCUGAGACUCUGUGCAGUGAGAGGGAGGGAAAGUUCACCGAUCUUACUGUGAUACAUAACAUUGAGAACGUGGCAACAGGUUGUACAUACCAACUGUCCAUAUCUGCCCAAUGUGGAAGUGAGAGGGGGCCUGCGACAAACUUCACCAUAAUUGUUCCGGGCCAACGCAAUGUAUCACAUCAAAUCGAGGCUAAAAGCUCUUGGACGAUAUCAUUGAACUACAUCAGCUGGCUUCACCACUCCUACGGCAAUUUCAUAAUCGUCUCUUCUAGUUCAUCGCUUACCAGUCCAAUAAUGAACGAACCGCUGUAUUACUACCAUUAUUUGCCCAUUGAAAUUGAUGGCCUCUAUCCAGGAACUGAGUACUAUCUACACUUCACUCGGCUGAGUCAGUUUUGUACCGGCGGAGUGCAGCUGUUCAAUUACACGACUUCAGUUUGCACAAUUCCAGAUUACAUCAACAGUUCGGUAAUUCAGUUCGGUUUCGAUUCUGGAGCCGUAUUCUUUUCUGGAAUCAGUGGUGUCCUGAACGGAUCCUUCUCCUCUAUGUACUAUUCUCUAACUAGUUCUGAGACUCUGUGCAGUGAGAGGGAGGGAAACUUCACCGACCUUACUGUGAGACAUGACAUUGAGAACGUGAAAACAGGUUGUACUUACCAACUGUCCAUAUCUGCCCAAUGUGGAAGUGAGAGGGGGCCUGCGACAAACUUCACCAUAAUUGUUCCGGAAAUUUCGGCAAAUCUCAGAGUGCAAGAAGUGUGGAAGAAUUCUACAUCAGUUGAGCUCAUAGUCACUGCAAAUGAAAGCAUCACUCUCAAAAGUGUCGAAUGCUCCUCUUCUGGUGGACUGAAUUGCAGUAGCAAUUACAUGCAGAGUGAAUUGAGGGCAGUGAUGGAAAUCUCAAUUGUUCUGCAUGGCUUGAACCCAGCCGAACUUCACACACUCACACUGAAUCUGGAAAAUGAUGUCGGAAACAGUUUUGUCAGAAAAGUGCACGUUUGCAUGGAUCCGGCGAGUAACUUCGAUUGGCGCAAUUCAAGCAACUCUGAGUACAACAUAACAGCCUCCCCAACCAAGUGUUCUGGAGGAGACAAGACUCUGGACACAAGUGCUUCACUAACCCUGGAUGAUCAUGAAAAGGGAUGUGAAUACAGGAUCUUCUUGUCUGCACAGUGUCAAUUGCCAGACGGAUCUUACCUGAGCUCAAAUAGUGUUGAACAUAUCGAGAAUGUUUGCACGGAGCCCGAAGUGCCGAUAAAUAGUAUUCAACUCGUGGAAGCGACUUCAAAAGAACUGACCCUGUCCGGUUUCGGGGUCAACUUCGACUCAAUUUUCAUCCAGAUAGCCAGCGAAGACUGUCCGGAAACUAACCAGACUAUACAAACUAACAGUAAUAUUGCAACAAUUGGAGGAUUGGUUGCUGGCUGCAGCUACAGUUUAAGAUAUACAGCCGAGUGUCACGCUAGUCCGAGGUCGAAUGACGAGACGAGCACAAGUGCCUGGACAUCAACCGGAGAUACUCUUUGCACAGUGCCUCGUGGAAUUGAUCUUUCGUUCAUGUCGAUGAUACAAAAAUUGGAUCGGGUUCUUUUUGGCGCCUCAUAUCGCUCUGAUGUGAAAUCAGUCGAUGGAAAAAUAGGAGGCUUCCGAGUCAAAUCAAUCACACCAACUAACUCGGCAACUUUUCCCACUGGCCUCGAUAGCGCCGCUGUGGAUGGUACUGUUGUUGUGCAGUUUCCACCUGCAGAAGUUUUCACGCUUCAAAUUGAGAGUUUCACGUGGGGAUGUGGAGAGGUCACAUCUACCGAGAUUGCGUUCAUCGAAUACUGUUCGCGUCCAGAUCCAGUUGGCAAUUUACAGCAAACACACUCCGCUCCAACUGCGGUCCAGUUGUCUUGGAAUGAACCCACCUCCGGGACUGUCAAACCAAAUGCGUACGAAAUCAUCAUCCGGACUCUAAAUGGGCAAAUAUUGAUUGCUGCUAGGCAACCUGUUUCCUCCCAAAAUAACGGUGCUUUAUCAUUUGACUCUUCGACUAUUAAAGAACUGCCCCUUGCUACCGAGUUGACCUGUUCGGUUCGGACCUUGAUACCGAUGUCGUGUCGAUACAAUGACGACUUCCUUUAUGUGGAGUACGAUGACGGCGGCAGUACUGUUCAAAUUAACUGUCAGACACAAGGUUCCGGUGGUCAACCUCUGAGAUACAGCUUCUUUUUCCUCACUCCCACCCUCUUGUUCAUCGAGUGGGAAAUCCCGGAAGACUUCUUCAACCAGUUCAUGGAUGACUACUACUCCCUCCUGCUCAACGGGAAAGAGAUACAGUCAAUCAGACCGAUUUCGAAAGCUCUGAGUGUUCCAGUUAGCGUAGACCUAUGCACCACUCAGAAUGUGUCGAUUGUUCCAGUGAGACAGGGACUAAGUGCCGGUGUCGUGGAGUUUCCUAUCAGGAACUGGGAAAAUGAAACCUUCGUCAAACAAGAUAUGGAAAAGUUCAGAUACAACAUUAUGGAACAAUGUGGGUUCUGUCCGGGUAGACAACUGGACAAACUCUGCCAGAUUCCAUUUGAGCAUAAUGGACACCACUAUAACACCUGUAUUCCUAUCUAUAACAAGAACACUCUACAAUGCAAGGACAGAAACGGAGACGUCCAGGACUGCUAUUACGAUGACAAGGAUGACUUUUGCAAACCCCCUGCACCGGAGCUGAGUUCUAUCUCCUUCGCGACUCUAGUGGCGGGCGAGGCAGUUCGUCAGUUCUGGAAUGUGUCCUCCGAUUUGUACAAUGACUUCGAGGUCCUCAUCAACGGAGAACAGCAGGCAGUCGUGGAUACUACAGAAUACAACGCUACCAACCUGACUGCUGGUGUGAACUAUGAGGUGCAAGUGUACAUGAACAGCUUCCUGAGGAGGAUCGGACCACAGAUUCUGGUGUUCAAUAUGACAAACUCGGAUGAGAACCUGGCAGCUACAGACAUCACAUCUCUGUCGGCUACUUUGAUUGUCGACAUAGACUCUGGCUCUCAAGACCCGACUCAGGACUGCUCAACCGACCAGCUGGAACUGACAGCUCACAUCGAAGAGGCCGACUACGUGUCAUUAUUAUUUACCCCGACUGAAAUAGCGGCCAAGGAGUCUACCACAAGGGUGAAUGUCUCUAACCAGCUGAAGGUGGACCAACUGAACUCUGGCAUCGUCUUCUGCUUCCAAGUGUCUCCGAUUGAUGCGUGCACUAACGAAACGAUACGUAAUCGGACUCUAGCUAGCUGUGCACCAAUCGUACCGCAGCCUCUGAACGAGUUGACGAGCAAUUUGACCUUUGUUAUUGACCCCGAAGAGGGUGGAGGGGGAGUGCACAUCAGUGCCUCUCUGAGUCAGUUCACAGCCGCGGAGUUCAUCGAUGUCUUCGUCACCUGCACAGUUCCAAACGUCACUGUCACCGACAGAGAUGGUUUCAAACUGAUGAUCAAAGAGAAGGAAGACGUGGUGAAGAACAUGACCUCGACUGAGUGCAGAACUGCUGUUUGUGCCUCCACAUCCGACUCGGGCGGGGAGAUUGGAUUCGACUCGGAAGUGGUCGCACCCGAGAGACGAGAGCCAGGUCUGAGGUGCGAAGUGGACAUAUUCACCCGAACUGGACCCUCCGAAUCCGAACACACCGUCCUCUCUCACUGCGAAGUGCCGAAUCCAGUGGAGGCUCUGUACAUUUACUUGGUGGGAGAGACUUCCCUCAGUCUUGCCUGGUUCCCCCCUUCGGUCGGAUACUUUGACCACUUCCUAGUUGAGGUCACGUCUCAGGCAAAUCUGAUAGCUUCUGAGAAAAUUAACGACUAUUUGCGAUACGUCGUGACUGACCUGGUACCUGGAAGAGAGUACACUGUCUCAAUCUUCGCUAUCUCAGAUCCACCAUGUCAAGUGAGGUCAACCCCGGUUUCAGUCAGACAAGACUCAGAGAAAACGAAUGAAAUGUGA